GAAUUGGGAAAAAAGCAAAGGCUAAAAAAGAAGCUCUAUCUGUAUGAGCCUGUGACCCCAUUUCAAAGAGAAGCAAAAAGGAGUGUCAGGAAAAUGAUCGAACAGAUGUUAAAGAGUGUAGAAGGGAGAAAAGAAAAGAGGGAAGAUGUUGAUUAAAGAGAAGAAACACAUUCAGUAAAGUCAAAAGCAAAGAAAAGCUGUCAAUCUCUCCCGCCUUUCUUUUAUAAACCAUCCCAAACCCAAACACAAAUCUGAGAGACCAAAACACAACACAGAAACACAGUAGAAAGCCAUUAGAAUCAACAAAAAUGAAGGCAAGAGAUGCCAAAGGAGGUCUUUCUGCAGAUUUACUGGUAUGUUUUCCUUCAAGAACCAAUUUAACCCUUAUGCCAAAAUCCAUUUGCAGCCCAGCAAGGUCCUUAGAAGCCAAAAAGCACCACAACAAUCACAACCAGCAGCUCAUCAAGAGAGGUAGAACCAAAAGCUUUGGCCAGGCCAGUCCUAUGUUAUGGGCCAAAACCAAGGCAAUGGGCUCGGAGAUCUCUGAGCCCACGUCGCCAAAAGUCACAUGUGCCGGACAGAUCAAGGUUCGGCACAAGACUGGCUCGAUCAAAAGCUGGCAAACAGUGAUGGAGGAGAUUGAGAGGAUUCACAAGAAUAAAAAGCAAAAGAAGCCGAAACCGAACUGGGCGGAGGCACUCGGGUUCAAGAAAGAUGUAAUGCACUUCCUAACUUGCUUGCGAAGAAUCCGAUUCGACUUUCGGUGUUUUGGGUCCUUCCCUCAACCAGAUAUCACUUCUGACGAUGAAGACGAUGAAGAAGAAGAGGAAGACAGAGAAGAAAACCAUGUGGGUACUGUUGAAGGAAGUGAAGGUACUGACGAAAAUUCCAGAACGGUUUUUUCUAAAUGGUAUAUGGUUUUACAGGAAAAUCAGAGUGAUGGUUUUUCCAAACAAGAUGGAAUUGAGAUAGAUGAUAGGCCUAGUUUCGAUGAUGACGGAUCGACUUCUGCAGUACCCUCAGUUCCACCACCAAAUGCUCUGCUGCUAAUGAGGUGCAGGUCUGCUCCUGCAAAGAGCUGGUUAGAAGAGAAAGAAGAAGAAAAAAAUGAUCAUGAAGAAGAAGAGGAACAAGAAAAAGAAGAAUGCCAGGAAGAAAAUGUAUCAGAAAAACAAGAGAGAAAAGGCAAAAUUACUUUGAAGAGUUUAAUGGAUGAAGAGAAGAUGAAGAAGAAGAACGAGAACCUGGUAGUGAUGACAUACGGUUCUGAUUUGUACAACAUUUCAACUGAAAUUGCCAAGGAGACAUGGGUUGUGGGUGGAAUCACUGGAAUGAAAGAUCCAAUUUCGAGGAGUCGAAGUUGGAAGACAUGAUCAUCAUCACUUUCAUUUCUUUUUUCUUAUUAGUUUUCUGUGAAUUUUUAUUUAUUUUUGAUCUUUUUUGGGAACUGGAAAAUUCAAAAGCUCCUUUACCUUUA